GUGCUCCAGAUAAGUUGAGUCGUAAGCGCAUAUAAAAAUCACGGACACCAUCGUCUUUACACAUUAGCAUGCCUACCUUCCUAUUUACAAGGAGAGUUUUUUCAAGGCCACAGAAAACGCCGAUAUUACAUACGUUCCUCUCUAUUAUACGCCCUCAAGUUCGCUUCACUGGUCCAGCUGGCGCAAGAAGCAGUCCGCACUCAAACCCCCAGCCGAAGAAAUGGUUGCUCACAGCGGCGGCUGCCUUUGUGGCCAAGUUCGCUAUACGUACGAUGCAGAGCCGGUAGCAAAGGUUCUCUGUCACUGCAAUGAUUGCCGCAAGAUCAGUGGCAGCAGCUACAGCGUCAACUUUCUCAUCCCCGACGCAGCAUUCCGAGUAACUGCCGGUACGCCAAAGGUGUUUAGCAAAGUCGCUGACUCCGGAGCCACCAUCGUCAGCUACUUCUGCGGCGACUGCGGGAGUAUGAUGUGGCGCGAGUCUCCCAGCUCUGGCCCCAAUAAAGUGCUCAAAGCCGGGACUUUGGAUGACAGCGACAAGAUUAUUUCGACUGCGGGAAUUGAUGCCGAGGCUUUUACGCGGUCCAGGAUAGAGUGGGUGCAGCCUAUAGCCGGCGCAAGUCAGAGGGCCGGCCCAAGCCAGAAGGCCGCUUAGUUGGCUGUCCUUCUCAGAGUAAUCGAUGGCACACAGCGUUGGCGCUUUGCACACUUGUUUUUGGGGGUACCCUAUGAUAGAAUGAAGAGAGAAGAAAAAUAUGGCGGUUCCAGUGAGAAAAACAGCGUCGUGAACUGUAAAUCAAGCCGCGUGUGACUGACUACGCCCAAAAAUAGACAACAGUAUUUUUAAUGCCUUGCAACGGCUAGAUUAUUAUAAUAUCCCGUACAUAAACACACUUGCGUAGCUAUUUACAUUUCGCACUUUGGCCUAGCAGUUCAAUGAACG